AUGGCCGCCACUGAGGUGCCCAUACCCGAACCAAGAGGUCUUCCCUUCCUAGGCCAUAUUGCCGAAUUCAAUCCUGAAAACCCGCUGAACGAUCUGCAUCGUUUGGCUGACACAUAUGGUGAGGUCUACCGGUUACGCAUGCCAGGGCUGACCGUGGUUUUUGUUUCCACCAACGCCCUUGUCAACGAAGUGUGCGAUGAAUCACGCUUCGAAAAGUCUCUGAACAAUGUCCUUCGUGAAGUUAGACACAUCGCCAAUGACGGCCUCUUCACUGCCAAACCGGAGGAAGUCAACUGGGGCAUUGCACACAGAAUUUUGAUCCCAGCUUUUGGGCCCGUCACUAUCCGCGGCAUGUUCGACGAGAUGGCCGACGUCGCAUCCCAAAUGGCCAUGAAAUGGGCACGCCAUGGCCCUUCAGCCCCGAUUCGAGUGACGGACGAUUUUACACGUCUAACCCUCGAUACCAUUGCUCUCUGCUCAAUGGACUUCCGCUUUAACUCCUACUAUCGCGAAGAACUGCAUCCAUUCAUUACCGCGAUGGGUGAUGCCCUCACAGAAUGCGGUAACAGGGACAAGAGACCAGCAUUCGCCAACUAUUUUUUUCGGAGCACGGAACAAAAGUUCUUUGCUGAUAUUGAGCUGUUGCGCAAAACGGCUCGAGAAGUCCUCGAAGCGCGCAAAGAGAAUCCCUCCGACAGAAAGGACCUGUUGUCUGCGAUGCUCAACGGCGUAGAUCCCAAGACAGGCCAGAAGAUGACUGAUGCCAGCAUCAUCGAUAAUCUUAUUACCUUUCUCAUUGCUGGCCAUGAGACAACUUCUGGCAUGCUUUCCUUUGCAUUUUUUGAGCUUUUGCGCCAGCCGGCAGCCUACCGAAAGGCUCAGCAAGAAGUUGACGAGGUCAUCGGGCUAGGGCCCAUCACGAUAGACCACCUUUCUAAGCUGCCUUAUUUGAAUGCCGUCCUCCGCGAGACCCUCCGUCUUUGUGCCACGAUUCCCGCUUUCGCUGUCGAAGCCAAGGAGGACACCCUCAUUGGCGGAAAAUAUCCCGUCAAGAAGGGCGAGUCCAUUGCUUGUUUGCUCGGUAAAGCACAACUCGAUCCUAUCGUCUACGGUGACGAUGCCACCGAGUUCAAACCUGAGAGGAUGCUGGAUGAGAACUUUGAGCGUACCCAAAAGGAAUUUCCGAAUUCGUGGAAACCCUUUGGUAACGGCAUGCGCGCUUGUAUCGGCCGGCCGUUUGCUUGGCAGGAGGCCUUGCUCGCCACGGCCAUGCUGCUGCAGAAUUUCAACUUCACCAUGGACGAUCCCAGCUACCAGCUCAAGAUCUCCGAGUCUCUCACGAUCAAGCCAAAGGACUUUUAUAUGCGUGCAACCCUGCGGCACGGCAUGAGUCCCACAGAGCUGGAGCAUCGACUUGCCGGUAGGGGUCCGAACACUGCCAAGUUGGCUCAUCGGCCCUCGCCUUCAGCUCAGGCAAAUGGUCUCCAAGCAAACGGGCAGCAGGCAGCCAAACUUAGUGGUAAACCGAUGAGUAUAUACUACGGGUCUAACAGUGGCACUUGUGAGGCGCUCGCUCAACGUCUUGCGACUGAUGCUACUUCUCACGGAUUCGAUGCCACAGUCGUAGAGCCUCUUGAUACCGCCAGGGAACAACUUGUCAAGAACCAGCCUGUGGUUAUCAUCACCGCUUCAUAUGAGGGCCAACCGCCAGACAACGCAGCUCAUUUCGUCGCCUGGCUUGAGAGCCUAAAAGCUCAGGAAGUGAAAGAUGUCCCAUAUGCUGUCUUUGGCUGUGGACAUCACGACUGGGUACAGACUUUCCACCGCAUCCCGAAGCUGGUUGAUGCCACCAUGGAGGAACACGGGGGUAGCAGAAUCGUACCCAUGGGACUCACUGAUGCUGCGGAAAGAGACAUGUUCUCAGAUUUUGAAGUCUGGGAGGAUGAGAUCCUCUGGCCAGCGCUUGCUGAGAAGUACGGCAUCGCAGAGGCAAAGGAUGGUAACGGCUUGCAAUCUGGUCUGGCUGUGCAGAUUUCCAAUCCGCGCACAUCGACGUUGCGGUCAGAUGUCCAGGAGGCUGUCGUCUCCGAGGAGAAGACACUCACCUCUUCUGGCGAUUCAGGAAAGAAGCACAUGGACAUCCAGCUACCAUCAGACAUGACAUAUAGGGCUGGAGACUAUCUCGCAGUGUUGCCUCUGAACCCACGCAGCAAUGUCGAGAGGGUCUUUCGCAGGUUUCAACUGGCUUGGGAUGCCUGCCUGACCAUCUCUGGUGACAAGCGUACUCCCUUACCAGUCAACCAAACGAUCUCUGCAUUUGACAUUCUCAGCGCCUAUGUGGAACUUGCGCAGCCGGCGACGAAGCGUAAUAUUCUGUCUCUGAUGGAAGCGACUCGGGACGAGGACACCAUCAAGAGCCUGGAGCAGCUCUCUGGCGAUGAUUACCAAGAGGAAAUCACCCAGAAACGGGUCACUGUCCUGGAUCUCUUGGAGAGAUUCCAGUCCAUCGCGUUACCCAUUGGCGCCUUCUUAUCCAUGCUCCCUCCCAUGCGCGUGCGGCAGUACUCGAUUUCAUCAUCGCCUCUCCGCAACCCCUCGCAAGCGACCCUCACCUACUCCAUCCUCGACGAACCCUCUCUAUCAGGCCAGGGCCGCCACGUCGGCGUGGCCACCAGCUACCUCGCCGCGCUCAAAAAGGGCGACAAGUUGCACGUUGCCGUGCGGCCCUCGCACGCCGCUUUCCACCUACCGCGGGAUCCGGAGAAGACGCCGCUUAUCCUCGUCGCCGCGGGGUCCGGCAUCGCGCCCUUCCGCGGCUUCGUCCAGGAGCGCGCGGCGAUGCUCGCUGCGGGACGGACGCUGGCGCCCGCGCUACUGUUCUUUGGCUGUCGGAGACCGGGCGCGGACGACCUGUACCGCGAGGAGUUUGAUCAGUGGGAGAAGAUGGGGGCCGUCUCGGUGCGCAGGGCGUAUUCCCGCGCCGAUGGCGGGGACAGCGAGGGGUGCCGGUAUGUGCAGGACAGGUUGUACCGCGACAAGAAGGAAGUUUCGGAUCUCUGGGCCCAGGGGGCCAAGUUGUUUGUUUGCGGGACGAGGAAUGUGGGCAAGGCGGUUGAGGAGGCGUGUGUGCGGGUGAUUUUGGAGUCGGCUCAGGAGGGGGAGGGCCAGCCUGAGUUGAAGGAUUUGGAUUAUGAGGGGGCGAGGAAAUGGUUCGAGGGGAUUCGGAAUGAGAGGUAUGCGACGGACGUUUUUGACUAG